CAGUUAUUUAAAAUGUCAAGUUGAUGUGAGGCUGACAGUGUGUUGGUGACAUUGUAAAUAAGGUUAAGUUUUGGUGUUUAGGUUAGGUUAGGUGUUUAUUGUCAACGAAACAUAAUCAGAAACAGUACAUAGAUUUAUCAAAAACAUGUCGUCUGACUCGGGCUCAGAUAGUGGCUCGAAUAGGAGUAGAAGCGUAUCUCCGACAAACGGUCCCGCCCCGACACCGGGACACGGCCUGGACCGGUCGGCCUCCAAUUCACCGAACUUCAGCAGAAAAUCCCAGGAUUCCCAGUCCGAAGCGGGUUCUGCCAGAUCACGCAGUGGCAGCCGAUCAAGAUCACAAUCGCCAGCGUCGAAUAAGUCCGGUUCUCGGCAUUCGAACUCGCCCGGUUCGCAAGCUUCUGGACGUUCACGAAAAUCUAGAUCCAGGUCCGGCUCGGGAGAUGCCGGAUCUCAGAGAUCCAGAUCUGGCAGUGUGAAUUCUAAACGGUCGGGGUCAGCAGACUCACAAACAUCCAGAAGGUCUGGUUCUCAGGCUUCCCAUGCAUCUAAAAGGUCUGGUUCUCACAGGUCUAGGUCAGGUUCUGCAACAUCAAACAGAUCUAGGUCUGGCAGUGCGGGUUCUAGAAGGUCUGGCUCUCAAACAUCCAAGAGAUCAGGGUCACAGGCAUCAAACCGAUCAGGUUCACAAGCAUCUAGGAGGUCUCAAGGAUCGAAUAGGUCUAGAUCAGGGAGUGCGGGAUCCAGAAGAUCAGGUUCUGCAAGCCCUCACAGAUCUCGAUCGGGAAGUCCUGCAUCUAAAAAAUCCAGAUCUAGGUCGGGAAGUCCUGCAUCUAAAAAAUCCAGAUCUAGGUCUAGAAGUGGAGAAUCACAGAAAUCAAGAUCAAGAUCCCGUUCCAAAUCCAAGUCCAGGGCUGGCUCUCAGGAUCGCAGUCGAUCCGGCAGUCCUAAUUUGGAAAUAGACGAUGGUGGAUCGCCGGGCGAUAAAAGGAAACACGAGGGAUCCGAAGAACCUGAAACGAAAAAGAAGCAGAAGUCAAAAAUCAUCGAUUCAGAUAGUGAAGACGACGAUGAACAACAGAAAGGUGAAAAGAGUGUGGCAGCUGCUGACAUUUUCGGCGACGCUGACGAUAUUAGUAGUGAAGAAGAAAAAGAGGAAGAAAAGGCGGACUCAGAUAGGGAUGAUAGAAGGCGGUCAGAUGAUGAUGAAGAUGAGAGGAGAUCUGAUGAUGAUGAAAAUGAGGCUAGAAAUAAUGUUAUCGAAGAUGAUGAAGAAAAAGAAGCUGAACCUGAACCCAUUCCAGAAACUCGUAUCGACGUGGAAAUUCCGAAAAUUAGCUGCGAUUUGGGCAGGGACAUAAAUUUUGUCAAACUACCUAAUUUCUUAUCCGUCGAGACUAGACCCUUCGAUCCUGAAACGUACGAAGAUGAAAUCGAUGAAGAAGAAACACUUGAUGAAGAAGGUAGAGCAAGACUGAAAUUGAAAGUAGAAAAUACGAUUCGGUGGAGAGAGUACUUGGAUGACGAGGGUAAUACGAAAAAAGAGUCAAAUGCUCGCAUUGUUCGAUGGUCAGAUGGGUCUUUCAGUUUACAUCUAGGUUCAGAAAUUUUUGAUGUGUAUAAACAACCAUUACAAGGUGAUCACAAUCACUUGUUUAUCAGGCAAGGUACAGGUUUGCAAGGUCAGGCCGUUUUCCGCACAAAACUAAGUUUCAGACCGCAUUCGACAGAGAGUUUCACACACAGAAAGAUGACAUUGUCUCUUGCCGAUCGCUCACAAAAAACAAGCGGCAUCAAAAUUUUAUCACAAGUUGGAUUUGAUCCAGAUCAUGACAAGGCUUUGAAAAUUAAGAAAGAGGAAGAGAAACUACGACAAACUGCAAAACAAACUAAACCAGUCAGGAAGAAGAAAGACGACGGACCCAGAGUACAUAUUGGAGGUUCUGGCGGUUUCACUAGAGAAGAUGAUGGUAGUGAUGAAGAUGGAGGUGGCAUUUCUCUUAAUGCUAUUAAAAACAAGUACAAAUCAGGUUCUGGAAAAGGUGGAGCCAUUUACUCUUCAGAUGAAGAAGGAUCUGACAUUGAAGACAGAAGAUCAAGGAAAUUGGAUAAACCAAAGGCACUUAAGGAUUCUGAUGAUUCUGAAGAUAGUGAUUAAGUAUUAAUGUUUAUUAUUGAUAAGUUUUUUAAUAAAAUUACUAUUUUAUUACUAA